AUGGAGGGGCCGCGGUUGCCGCCGUCCCCUCGGGAGAGGCCGCCUCCCGGUCCAUCACCCAGGGGCAAGGGGAUCGGGGCGAGUCCGGAGCGCGACGCCGCCGCGAGGCGCUCGUUGACCUCCUCGCUGACCUCCUCCGUGCCCCCGCGCCCGGCGCCGGGGACGGCCAUCGGGGACGGGGGGACGAACGCGCCGGCGACGACGUCCAAACGCGCCUCGGCGUACUACGAGUCGUCCACUAACCUCCCGCGGUGUACCCCCGACGCUGAGGCGCGAGGAUCGAACCCCCGGGACGGCGCGGGCUCCAGCGCGCGGCGGUCGAUCGAGUCCUUCGGCGUCACCGCCGUCGGGCUCGGGCUCGGCCGCGGCGGGCUCGGCCGCGGGGGCCUCGGAGUCUCAUCCUUCGACGCGGCCUACAGGGAUGCAAUGCGCGCGAGCACGGAGAGCGGACGGAGCGAGGUGGACGCGCAGACCGCGGAGCUCCUCGCCGCGCAACAGGCGCAGCUCUCGGAGCUCAACGAGCAGCUUCGAUCGCUCCAGUCGCAACUCGGGAGUCUCAGGCGGAGCGACGGCGGCGGGCGCCCGUCCGGAGGCGCGGACGACGACGGCGGCGGCGGCGACGACGAUGACGCGUUUCGGGAACGGUCGUCGGCGCGCGCGAUGAGGUCGCCGAGGUUCGGCGUCGGCGAGUCCGCGGGCUCCGGUUUCACCGCCGCCUCGCGGGAAUCGGGGUCACGGUUCUCGGCGGCGUCCUCCUCCGGUCACUCCAAGAGGAGCUCCGACGCCGCCACCAACACCGUGUGGGCGGCGCCCGAGGCUGGCGUGAAGGCGUCGGCCGGCGGCGGGAUGCGCGGUACCGGCGACCAGCCGCCGUCCCCGAUCGAGGAGGAACGGGAGGAGGACGAGGCGAAGGCUUGGAAGUACGAAGGAGACGGGCGGAAGAGCCGGGCGGUCAUGACGGAUCCGUGGGUGGGUGCGCGGGGGGGAGCCGCCGCGCGUGCCGUGACGGCGGGACGCGCGAGAACGUCGACGCGGAUGAGCGUCAUACGGCGGUCCGUCGCGCCGAGGGCGUCUCGCGCGGGCGACGCAUCGUCGAUUGCACCGGCGAUUGACGACGCGGCGGGCGGCGACGGCGACGGCGACGGCGACGAAGGGGCCGCGGCGCGGGACGUGCCCCCGCUCCCGCCGCUCCCUCGCGGGCUCGCGACCACGUGCGCCGCACCGCUCCCGAUCGCGACGGAACCGCCGGCACGGGCGCGAUCCCCCGCGGCGAUCGGGUUGGAACUUAUAACUAAUUCCGGGGAUGAAAACCCGGGUCCCGGGUUCGUCGAAGGGUUUGAAAGGGACGCGGGUGCCGAUCGCGUCGACUCCCCCGGUCUCGUUCCGAGCAGAAACUCCGCGUUCACCGCCGUGCGCGUGAGCGACGGCGGGGCGGGCGACGACGCGACGGGGGGAACGUUCUUUGGGGGACAGCUGCGGGGGAGCGGCGCGUGGUUCGGGACCAGCGACGGGGGCAGCGUUCGAGCGUCGGUGGGGAACAGUUCCGCGCGGUGGAGCGUGGGUUCGCGUGAGUCGGUAUCGUCGCUCGCGGCUCAGGCGGCGGCGGAGGCGGCGGGGAUGCUGGAGGGAUCGGACGCGCCCAACCAGCAGCACAGGCUGAGCCAGUCCAACACCGGACCGGCGUUUCGGCGGUUCCCGCUGUUCGCGGAAGGGGACAGCAUGCCCGAGUCUCCGGCGACGGACGACCCGGAUGAAACCGAGGGAGACUCCGAGGUGGCACAGGGAAGCGACGACGCGGGGAGAAAACGGGCAGGGGACGCGUUCGACCGGUCGCCGCCGCCCGCGUCGACGACCGGGGGCCACGAGGACGGAGAUGAGGUGCUCCGCGCGUCCAGCGAUACGUUCAGCGCGGUGAGCACGAGCCAGGCGGGGUCGCUGAGCCUCAGGGGCGGCAUCGGCGGCGGCGACAGGGACGGCAGCACCCUGCACGACGACGACUACUCCGAUUCCGACUUUGACGACGCCGGCACGGCGGUGACCGGGACGACGACCGGGAGGGCGGACCCGGACGGAUGGACCCCGCCCACGAGGUGGGGGGUGCAGAAAAUGUCGGAGGCUGCGAUUUACGACCCGGCGGGCGACGACGACGCACCCGGGAGGCUUCGAUCGCCCGCGCGAGCGCCCGAGAGGGGACCGUCGCUCGACGAGUUCGCGGGAGCCCGGAGCGCCGAGGAGCGGGAGCGGAUCGAGUCCACGGCCGUCGCGGAGGUCAUGCCCACGAUCUCGUACCAGCCGCUCUCGGACGACGAGGACAGCGAAGACGACGAGUUGAUGAAGCGACUCUUGAAAAAGUACGGAGUCUCGGCGCCCAAAGGUCUAUAG